UUAAAUUUGACAGCUGUGACAAUUUAGUUUGUCAAAAACGAAAUGUGAUUUGUAAAUAAUAUUUUGUAAAUAACCAAUUAUUUGGCAACUAGCAGGAGUAUAGAAUAAAAAUUGUGAAAUUUCAUACAUUUCUGAGUUCAAUUCGUGAUCUUAUAUACCGAUAAAGAUUUUUUAAUGUCUUCAUCAUCUUCAGACAGUGAGGACUCAGUCCACAAUGAAGAGCAAAGGGAUUCAAUUCGGGAAGACCUUAGCAACAUGAGCUUUGAAGAAAUUAUGAAAUUAAAAGAGGAAUUGGGCGCAAAACUGUACAAUGAAGCAGUUCUGGGUGUGAAUAGUGAUAAAACUGAGAAAUCACGCAGCAACAAACAAAACACAUUUAAACGAUUGAAUAAAAAUCGUCCACGGGAAUUGACUGCUAAACGACAGGUGCCUUUUGUAUCCAUCGAACAGAUGAAGCAAAAUAAAACGGAGGAGAAAUUACGUGAUCCUCGGUUUGAUGAAAAUUGUGGAGACUUUAAUGUAAAACAUUUCAAAGAAAAUUACAAAUUUCUUUCGAGAGUUCGGCAAAAAGAUAUUGUAAGGCUUAGGAAACAAUUACGCGAAACAACUGACAGCGAUGAGCGUAAGGGUCUGCAAACAGAGAUCCAAAAGCUAGUUAACAAAAACGUAGAAGAAAGAAAAUGGCACAUAAAGCAACAAGAACUGGAAAGUGAAAAAUUGGAGAUUCAACAAGCGAUUGAGAAAGGACUCAAACCGCAUUACAAAACAAAAAAGGAGCGACGUGCUAAAGAAUUGGUCACACAGUUCGAGAAACUCAAAGAGUCGGGUAAACUCAGCAAACAUUUGGAAAAACGUCGCAAGAAGAAUGCUGCCAAGGAUCGAAAACAACUUGGAAUUGCAUAGCAUUGUUUUAUUUUUCAUAAAGAAGUAUAAUAAAGUAUUUUUAACAAAAAAAUUAA